GCUUCAUUCACAAUCUCAAGUCGAGCCUUUCCUAACUUCCCCUACGUCUCCUAAUGGCGAGCAAAGACGGACUUGACCUUUCGAAGUUUUACGAUUCCGAGCAGCGGGAACAAUCGUCUACCCAGGAUUUCUCAGCUGCAGAAAUCGCUCGACGACCAUGGAAAGCAUUUUGGCCACCGAGAUCGGAAGAAAGCUUCAACAUUUGGCUUCGCUCCGAAUUUCCAGAAGUUCUUUCAUGGCGUUUCGACCCCGACCAGCCUUUUGAUCAACCUUGGCGAGAUUGGCUUAGAAGUAUUCUGAUGAAAGAUGAAGAUGGGAGCUGUCAAAGAAAGUAUAGUUGGAACGGAAACCAAGCUGAGCCCAAUAAAUCUGAUCUAUCGUCAACUUCAACUAUGGAUAUUGGCGAUCAGAUCACUGGACUGCCUAAGAUCCAAGUGGACUCCUUUAAGUAUCUUGCUCCUUUGGAUAUCUAUAAAACUGAGAAGCCAUUUUUCAGCCAGCUACCCUGUGGAACUCAGCUACCACGGACCAACCUUGUUGAGAGCAAUCACCCAGUCGAAAUACAUGAUAUCUGUGGCAAAGAAAGUCUCUUCAAACUCGACGAGGCGGGCUUUCAAUUCAUGCAAGUUCCAACCAGGAUAUCAGAGUGGACGGACGAAAGUGUGCAAGCAGAAUAUCUUCCCGAAUUAUCAGCCUGGCUGAAGGAGUCCUUUAGUUGCGAGGAGGUUUUCAUUUAUAACUAUAACCUUCGAACUAACGACAGAAAUGAAACGGGAAAGGGGCCGUGGAGAAGUCCUAUCUUCCGAGUGCACUGUGAUAACACGCCUGCUUCUUGCGCAAAGCGCCUAGAGUUUCAGUUUCCUGACAAAGUGGAAGCAAUCUCAAGCGGCCGUUAUCGGUAUAUAGAUAUAUGGCGUUGUGUAGCUGGUCAGGACGUUGACUCUCCGCUUGCUUUGUGUGAUUACCGAUCCAUAGCAACGACAGACCUAUGGAAUAUAGAUAUAGUGUAUCCGCACUUCAGCGAGGAGGGCUACGAGCUUACGUAUAGCCCUACUCACCGGUGGUUCUAUAAGAAAGGAAUGUCAAAAGACGAUGCGGUUCUCUUCAAACUGGGUGACAAUUUGACGACUGCAGCUCAGUCUACUCCGCACGCGGCUUUUAUCGAUCCAUCCGCCUCUGAUAACUGCAAGAGGGCGAGCAUCGAAGUUAGGGCAAUCAUCAUCGGUUAGGGGUAUCAGCAUAAUAUAAAUAGCCUCGAUAUGUAAUGAAAAUUGCAUUUUCGGCCUAUCCACUUAGUCCAGAGAACCUUUCAUUCCUUAUUAGCAAGUUUCUCUUCUCUCUUCAAUCAGCUACAAGAUCACGUGUUUACUAGACCUCAUUGUUCUAUCAUCACAUGACUCAAAUCAAACUCAACGUGAUCCGACACGCAGCUAGUCCCCCAGUCGUUGAUUUUUCAGUGCUAGCACACCAUCAACCAGUAUGAAGUUACCAUAUCCACUGCUAAUCCAGU